UUUCCGGCCGGAAGGCGCUCGGUCGGGAAGGGGACUGAAGGGAAGUCCCGCCUCUGCCGCGGACAUCGGCACGCACUGGGCCUGGUCCUGCCGGGGAGGGCAGAUCUGAUUCCGGAGCUGCCAUGAUUGAAGUGGUAGCAGAGCUGAGCCGAGGUCCUGUGUUUCUGGCGGGGGAGGCGCUGGAGUGUGUAGUGACGGUCACCAACCCCCUGCCCCCCACGGCCACUUCUGCAUCCAGUGAGGCUCUGGCCUGGGCCAGUGCCCAAAUCCACUGCCAGUUCCAUGCGAGUGAGAGUCGAGUAGCACUACCUCCCCCUGACUCCAGUCAGCCAGACGUCCAGCCGGAGAGCCAGACUGUCUUUCUACCGCACCGAGGUGAGAGAGGUCAGUGUAUCCUUUCCACUCCACCAAAAAUCCUUUUCUGUGAUCUGAGGCUAGAUCCCGGAGAGUCCAAAUCAUACUCCUACAGUGAAGUGCUGCCCAUAGAGGGACCACCGUCCUUUCGGGGUCAGUCAGUCAAGUAUGUCUACAAACUGACCAUUGGCUGCCAGCGUGUCAACUCACCCAUCACUUUACUCAGGGUUCCUCUGAGGGUUCUUGUGCUGACAGGCCUUCAAGAUGUCCGGUUUCCCCAGGAUGAGGCUGUAGCCCCAUCUAGUCCAUUCUUGGAGGAGGAUGAAGGUGGGAAGAAGGAUUCAUGGCUAGCUGAGCUGGCUGGGGAGCGUCUCAUGGCUGCCACAUCCUGCCGCAGCCUCCAUCUAUACAAUAUCAGUGAUGGCCGAGGAAAAGUUGGGACAUUUGGCAUCUUCAAAUCUGUAUACAGACUCGGCGAGGAUGUGGUGGGGACCUUAAACUUAGGGGAAGGAACUGUAGCUUGUUUGCAGUUUUCAGUAAGCUUACAGACUGAGGAACGUGUACAGCCCGAGUACCAGAGGCGCCGCAGGACGGGGGGUGUCCCCUCUGUGUCUCAUGUGACUCAUGCCCGGCACCAGGAGUCCUGCCUGCAUACAACCAGAACCAGCUUCUCUCUCCCCAUCCCUCUCAGCUCCACCCCAGGCUUCUGCACAGCCGUUGUGUCCCUGAAGUGGCGAUUGCAUUUUGAAUUUGUAACAUCGCGAGAACCAGGUUUGGUGCUCCUACCUCCCUUGGAACAGCCCGAGCCUGUCACCUGGACUGGGCCUGAGCAAGUGCCUGUAGACACCUUCAGCUGGGACCUCCCCAUCAAGGUGCUGCCCACAAGCCCUACCCUGGCCUCAUACGCAGCCCCAGGCCCCAGCACCAGCACCAUAACCAUCUGAAACUGGCUCACCGUGACACUGUCUUUCUUCAGGAUACUAAGAACUCAGCAUCUGGACUCUAGUAGGGCCCAUUUUCCCCAUGCGGGGUCCAAUGGCACGGACAGUGAGAGGCAGGCUUUCAGCUGUAGCAUUAAUUUAUUUAUUCAGAAUAAAUUGGCAGCUGCUAGUGGUUUCCCUGGAAGUGGCAGCAGCAGUGGGCAGUCAGCAGAAGGGUGAUCAGUUGAGUUUAGCUGGAGUGGGGAGCAGGAGCCCCAGGAGCAGGGGUAUUAGCUGAGCCCCAUUCUGGGUCGGGCCCUCCGCCUUUGCAGGGCAGCCGAGGGUCAGAUUUUUGCACCAGGGAGAACUGGCAGGUUCCUGCCUCCUGACGUACCUCACAGCCCGCAGGAAAGUCGAUGGGAUGCUGGGACCUGGGGAACCAAAGGAUGGGAAAGGAGUCAGCACAGCGAAGGGCCACCUUUAUCCCUGCCCCACACUUGCUCUCUGCCAGCAUUCCUCCCCUAUCUUUAGUGCCCUCUUGGUCCCCCUAACUAAGCUCUCGCCUACCAGAUACGGAUUUUUUCAUUUCAUAGCAGAAAUAUUCUCCGUCCAGACCCACCCCUACAUCCCCUCACUUUGUAGCCUGCAGCCUUAUCUCUCAAACUCUUGUUGGUACCUUCGGGUUCGGCCAGCCUCCUACCACUGUUCUGUUCAUUGUCACAUCACAGCAAUAUGGUUACGCCCUGGCCAGCCCUCA